AUGUUUGUUGUUGAUCUCUUGCAUGAAUUUGAACUUGGCGUUUGGAAAGCCACAUUUACUUACCUGAUCCAUAUCUUGUAUGCUGAGGGUGGUGACCAGGUUCAGCACUUGAAUGAGCAACGGGUUCCACCAUUCGGUGCAGACGCCAUAUGA